AGGCCGCUGUCUCCAAGAUCCAAAAAGGCCACGGCCGAGGCGCAGGACGGAAGGGCGCGCUUCGUCCUGCGCGUGACGUGCGUGCACUACGGUCUAGGCGCAUGAAACAGUGGACACAGAGCACAAGGGUUUGCACAGAUUGCUCUUUGGCCUCACAUUCUCAUAGCCAAGACAGAGGGUCUUUGCUGCAAAUGAUGUUAUACCAAAUUAUCAAUCUGGCCAACUAUUCCCAUUCAUCAUCUCAAUGUCCAGUACAUUAUGGCCCCUGCCAACAGCAGCCUUGCAACUUUGUUUCUUUUCGGGAGAGAGAUCUUGCCAAUAGUCAUGGACAACAUCAUUGGAUGUUGGUCACUAGGCUUGAUCUAAAGUCACACACUGCAGCGAAGUGAUGCUCCAGCUUGCUAGCUUGAAGCUCCAGAGGUACGGUAGAUCACCUGACGCGUGUCCUUUCCGAUGUCGUAUUCCGGUGGGCAACUCCUGCGACAAGAGAGCGACAGUGAGGAUGAGGGAUGCAACUUCUUGUCCUUUCGAUGCGCCAGUCUCACGUUGCUGGGCCUUUUUGCCUUCACAAUUACCUACCAUGUGUUGAUUUUGAGCCAUGUGGUGCCGUACAAAUAUGUUUGGGGUGGGCGACUGAAGAGUGAAUCGAGCAUGCUUCACUUCGAGACAGUUUCCCUGUCUGUCAAUUUGCUACUUGUUGUCCUUGUUCUUCUUCGUGGAGGCUUUUGCUGUCAAUCAGCCCCUCAAUCUCUCCUCCGGGGACUCUGCCUGGUCUUCUCCCUGGUGUUUGCGCUGAACACUGUGGGAAACUUGUUGGCGUCUUCCUGGUUUGAGAUGCUGGCUUUCACGCCCGUGACACUCCUGGCCUCAGUGGCCUUUUUCCGCUUGUACAAUGAGCCAAAGUAGUGAAGCCUGCACCUUCUAACUGGCGUUGGUGCUUGUAACUGGAUACUCCAUCACCUUGAUCCUCUGGGGACCUUGCUGAAAGGAUUAUUGAAGCCAAAGUGCACCAGAGGGUUCACAAGCUGCCCCCUGCCUGAGGCCGCACCAUGCUAGCUUGGGAAAGAGCGUUCCUCUUAAGUGCAUGUGUAACGUUCCUCUUUGAAGGAAACAAGCCCUCUAACAAUUUUCUCCUUUUUUUUAAGCCAGAGGCUAUGGUGGUGAAUACAGUGGCCAUGAGGCUCGGAU